AUGACCAACAAGAACGCUCCAAAAGACACUCAAAUGCCUGAGUAUGUCUCCCUUCAGCUUUUCCGUUGGAGCUCUACCAAGCUGACCCUAUGUCUAAUCCUCAGAGGCUUCUCAUUCUUGGAUCCCCGUCUCGUCCCCGUUGCUGUCACCGCUCCCGACCGUGACUCCGUUCACACUCACCGGCGUAACCGCCACCCCGAUGCCCACCAGUUCCUGGGCUUCCUCAACACCAAGAGAGGAGGAGGAGGAGGACCCGCGGUGAAGAGUAACCUGGUUACUUACCUACAGAAAAUGUUACCACUUACAACAUCAGUUACCGGCACCAAAAGUAAACGGUCUACCGUAGUUGUUCAGUACUCUUUGGCUUUGCAGGCGAUCAACCAGACUGAGAAUUGUCUAGAGAUCGAGUUCAAAAGGCGUGAUAAGGACUGGACGCUUGGAUGCGUGCGGAUGCGGACAGUCAACUACCGCACCACCUGA